GAAUUUUAUGAAGGCUGUGGAAUACUUUGUUUAAUAACAGCUGUAUCCAGAACAAACAUUGAAUGCAAGAAACAUGGCUGCUUCACCAGGGGGCUACUAUGCUGAUAAGGAUGCUGACAUGAUCCUCUCAAUGAUUGAAGAUGGUAACCUGCCUGAGAUUGAUCUUGAUGAAGACGAUGAGGAAUAUGCUGAAGACAUUCCUGGUCCAUUAAGUGGAAUUCGUGUGGGUGCCUCUACUAUGACUGAAGCAGACGAAAUUGUGGUAAAUAAUCAUGGUUUCAUAGGCUUUCCAGCAGAAGACCAAACUCUUCAAGUUCAAGUUGACAACCAAACAGUAAGUGAUGAUAACAGUGAUGAGUCUCAACUAGAUGACUUUUCUAACUACAAUUUUAUCACCAAUCGAAAGGACAUUCAGUAUCGACGCCGACCAUACAAUGAAACUGCCAUCAAUUUUGAAAAUAACAAUGCCUUGAAAGACUUUUAUGAUGAUGGGCACUAUCCCAUUGAAUAUUUCAUGAAAUAUAUUACAAAUGAUGUAUUCAAUAAAUUCCAAGAAUUCACUAACCUUUAUGCAGUACAGAAAAAUGUUUCGAGGUUCAGACCUACAAGUAUUGCUGAGAUCAAAACCCUGAUUGGGUUUCAUAUUGCUGUGGGUGUGUUCAAAUUCCCUCGAGUAAGAAUGUAUUGGGAUUCAUUCUCAGGUCUUGAUUUGUGCCUACUGAAGAAGAACUGCUUCUUGAAGAAGACCAAGAACUUUCCUUGA